AUGCCCUUCUGCAGCUUGAGAGGCACCAGUUCAACGACUCAGGUGGUGCCCCCCAGCCGUGUGCCUUCAGCCCAUCGGUGUGACCGAGCCUUUGCUCUGGAAUCACUGCCACGGAGGGAGCUCUGCAGUAAGAUGCGCCUGCAGGACCAUCCAAACAUUCUGUUCCUGUCUGCUUAUCCGCCUGUGGAGGGGCCCGGUGGGAUCCACGGAGCUGCCAGCCCUCGAUUCAAGCGAGGCCGGCAAGAGGCCACUUCACCAGGGUCUUCUCGGGCUGGGAGAGGACCUCGGAGAGCUGUACCGGAGGGUGAGACAGGCUCCGAGAGGAACGGCAAAACUAAGGAAAACCGACCUCCAAGAAGGAAACUGUUGUACGGGCUGACAAAUACACUGAGGCUACGGCUGCAGCAGACCAACCCUGAGAAGCUGGUAAUUCUUGAAAGGAGAGAGCAGUACCGCAAAAAGCAAAUGGAGGUGCUGAAGGAGAGAAGCCCUUUAUCCAGAAGAAAGCUGCCCAGAAGUGCCGGAGAACAGGGUGUGGUUUCGUACAGGCACCAUAGCAAGGGAGACAGUUCAAAGCAGAAUAAUGGGCUUGAUAAAACAGUGGAGACUUCAUUACAAAACAGCGCUCUCGCAGAGUGCGUUUCCAUGGCGGGAGAUGUGUCCCCUGACCUGCAGAAACGGGCGGUUGAAAGUCUAUUGAAGAACGAUGAAAGUGUACACAAGGAACGCCCGUGCAAAGUCACUACAGCCCCCUUAGUGGAUGAACCUGUAUUAAAAUCUGCUCUCAAGGAACAGUAUGCGAAAGCCCCGCUCCCAGCAGCUUUCCUAUCAGAUGCAAAGGGAAGUAAUGUAGAAGAAAUACACUUAAUCCGUCGUAAAACCACAGAGCACGAUGAUGCGUCUGUUGUAAGCGACCGUAAACCAAGCCCCAGCAAGAGUGCUGAAAACAACUCUGAAUUCAUCUACUCAGAUGACUUUGUUGCUAGUCCUGAGAACACCAUUUACUCAGAAGAUUUCACCAGUGCUGAGUGUACGGGCAGAGACUCGGAAGCUCUUGACAGCAGUCCUGAGCCUUUGUGGCUUGAAAGCCCGAAGCGAGGUUAUUCAGAUACAGACUCGGAAUCCAGCAGGUCCAGAAUUUCAAAGACAAGUCAAAGAGCUGAAUGUACUUCAGGUCUUCUGCCAGUUCCUUCCGUUUCAUCUCCAGUCCAGUCUUCGAAGAGAAACCGUGACUUAAAAACCAGCAAGCAAACCAGCAGUGAAUCUGUCGAUUCACUUAACGAUGCGUCCAUUCGAGCAAGGUUAUUAGAUGAAGAGCAGGAAGUCCAACAGAUCAGUAAAGGAGAGAACAGGGGUGAUUGGCAUAUUAAGCAAGUAUCUACACUGAGAAGCAAACAAGUCGGCUCGGAUACUGAUCUGAGUAUAGGGAAGGGGCAGACGCCUGCAGGGAAAAGCCAGUCGGUAACUCAAGUUAGCUCUUACCUGCCAUCUGACAUGCCUGAUCUUGAACUUGGUGCCCUGGAAAACAGUAUGUCAGACAAAGCAGAUGAUUUUCUAGGAGAACUACAUGUUCUUAAUCAAUACAAGGAUAUCAGUGAACUUGUAAUAAAAAAGCUUCCAGGAUACACAGUGUAA